CCUCAACAUCAAGCCUGGUAGCUCCAGCAAGACACAGCUCCUCAGGUAAGAAGUGGAAGUAGCAAAUACAUUGAAAUGUGUAGUAAUUGAAAUAAAUAAGGCAUUCACAAUUUCAUAAAUUUCAUAUCUAUACAUUUCCAAGAAGUAGGACAAUCUUUGUUUUUUAAUCGGGCCUCUUGUUACAUUUUGGUCAUACUAAGUAUUUUGUUUGUAUUUUAUCUAAGACAUCAAACCACAGCAGUCAAUUAGAAGGUCUACACAUCAUGAUUAAAUUCAUAGUUUCAUUUAUAGUCUAAUGGACAUGCAUCAUUACACAGUAUUUAAUAUUAUUUUAUUAUUCUUGCUUAUUUUCUUGUGUAUGUUAACGUGCCGUUUAUUUUAUUUAGAUAUUUUAAGAAUUUAAAUACACAAAAUGUCUCAGACACCCAAAGCUGCUGCUGCUGCUGCAAGCCAGGGCACUGAUGCCAAGGAAAAGGGUACCCCAGGAACAGUUCCUGUUCCUGUUACAAAACCUUCAAAGCAAGAACCUGUUGUGGGAUCCUUUAAGGUAAGUGUGCCAGCAGUGGUUGCUCUACUAUCACUUGCUUUAUAUAUCUUUUUGUAUCCUUCAGGUGGCAAAGCAGGGUUACAUUUACAGCAUGGUUGUCCAUUCUAACUAUUCUUAAGUGUAGGAGGAAUAUACUUCUAACAGAAUAUUGAAUAAAUAAAUUUAAAUUAACCUGGAAGUCAUUCUUAAUCUAACAUAACCACCCUGUUAGAUGUCAGCAUGUUCCUCCUCUAUUUUUUUAAACACAUACACGGUAUGUGAUUAAAGACUUUAAAAAUGGCCCUUUGAGAUUUAAAUUUGAACAUCAACACAGGCAUAUAAAUAUUAUGGCAUCCUUACAGCUAUAAAUGCAGAUGAUAGUUGAUUACUGUGCAGUGGUAGUUGACUGAAUACAAUUGCAGUCAUUCUAUUAUUUAUGAAGCAAAAUACUACUGUAAAAGGCAGUUUAGAAUUAUCAGAAGAAAAAAGAAUAUUACGAUAAUGUGCAAUAGUACAUUAUUGCAUAUGUCAGUGCAAUAGGUAUAUACUACAGAAACAACCAGCAGUAAUGCAUUCAUAAUCUGGGCAUUUCAAUCAAAUGUCAAGCAAAGGAUCCCAGAUGAUAUGACUGGCUGUUGAAAGAUAAAAUUAAAGAGAAAAACACUGUGGAUAAUAUUUCAGCAGUGCUAAAGCAAACAGGCCUUUCAGUGGACUUUUAGGAAGCCAUAGUAGAAACAAGAACUUCCUUGAUGAACCAUGACACAAGCGUUUAAACGUUCAUUUUUUUCCUUUACUUUAACUUGCAAACAGAUCAGAUUGUGAAACGAGAAUUCAGAUCAUAGAUAUAAUUGUCAGGGCAACACGAUAUAAGCGAUUACAGCAACAUUACAAUGAGUCAAGUAAUGAAGAUCACAUGGCAAUUAAUCUUAACAUUAAUUUCCUUUUUGUUUAUCUGAAAUACAGCCAUAUGCAAUAAGACAUAUUUUCUGCACUUAUGUUUAUUUAUUAUGUUUAAAUGUCUAGCUCCACUUUUUAGCUCACAAAUUAGGAACAGCAUUUUAAAGAAAAUAAAAGCAGUUUGAGACACAUAUUUGCAUGGAACACAGGAAAGAGGAUUUAAAGAUUUAAUCUGAGAAAUUAAAUGUUAUUUCAUUGACUCACAAUUUUCAUUCUGAUAUUCUAUAACAAACAACUUUAAAAAAGACAAAAAAGAUGGUAAGCUAGACAAAAUGAAUAUGUUAUGGAGCAGAAUAGCUAAUACCAUAUAUAAAAUGCUGUUGGGCUGUUCAUUGAAAAUGUACCUGUCUGUAGCAGGUUGGGGAAUUGCUACAUUUAGCCCAAAAUGACCACAUUAGGUGGGAACCAAUUGUUUUUUUUUUUUUUUUUAUACCUCUGCCAUUUUGAAGAUUGUUUUCAUGUGAUAUAUGUUAUAUUAACAUGCAUGGUUAUUAACUAAACUGAAAAAAAGAAAUGACCAAGGAAUUUCAAAUUUUAAACAAAAAAAAAUAUCUGGAAAUAGAACUGACUUGGAUUUUUUUUUCUAAAUUUGACAAUUUCUGCUUAAUAUAUGAAAUUUUUUAAUGAAUUCAUGACAAUUCCCAAUUUAGUGAAUAACUUUAAAAGCUUUGUAGACUGUUAUCGAUAAAAAUACUCACUGCUUAGAAUAUCAAAAUGUAAACAUAAUCAAGAGAUACUUAAAUAAUUAAACUGUAAUAGCCCUUAACAUUAGCAUAUAGGAGCCUAACUGUAAAAAGACAACAGAGUAAAAAGAGCUAUUAUUUAAGGCAACUUAAUUUUUUAUUUGAAUAUAUAUAUAUGUUCAGUAAAAUAAAUAUUAAUAUUGUAUUUUUUAGGUCAUAAUCUUUGAGCAGGAGAACUUCCAGGGAAGGCAUAUGGAACUUCUGAAUGAGUGUUUAAACCUUGGAGAGAGAGGUUUUGACAGAGUACGCAGUGUUAUUGUCGACUCUGGACCGUAAGUCCUGGAAUUUCCAUAUAAUGUUUGCAUUGUGCUUGUCACAAUUUGUACGUGUCUUCCAGAAUCAUGUUGUGGCAUUUUGAUAUUGACAAAUUUAUUUUUGAUUCGUUUUGUCAAAGAGAGUAUUGAGGUGAACACAGAUUUGUUUGUUUUAGCUUCAACCUAUCUACCAAGGAAUUGCCACCAAGAGACAUUGACAGAUUAUGUCCUGAUGGCAUCUUUUCCUCAGAACAAGAAUGACAAUGACAAAAGUACAAAUCUCAUGUAUUUACAAUUGAGCUGAACGGAGGGUAUAAAUUAAGUCUAGAAUACAUGGUAUACAUAAUUUUUAUAUAAUUUAGUAACAGAAAUAUUAUAAUUCCAUACUACCACCAUAUCUUAUAUUAGAAUUUAUAUUUUGGCUAUUAGGAAGACUAUGCAUUAGACUAUGAAUUGGAGAAAAGGUAAGUAAAAUGCCUUUUUAGGUUUUAUUGCAAACAGGAAGGGCCUGAAACUUAUCCAGCAUUAGGAUGCGAUAGUGCUAGAAAUUCAGGCUUGUAUCCCUUAUGCUAUAGUGUCCCUUUAAGGCCUAUGGAAUGAUAAAAAUAUACAUUAACAUCUGGUGCAUAAGCAAUUUAUGCUAAGAUUGCUAUCUCAAAUUCCAUGGCUGAAAGUGUUUCAUGAUCAUGAAAGUUUUCAAACUUGACACUUUACUAAAUGCUUAACUUAGUCACAAAUAUAUUUUAAUGCAAGGACAUUUAAAUCAUAAUGGGGAUGGAUUUUGUGUGUUUUGACUGCCAGAGGAAGACUGUGUUCCACUCUGUCUAGAAAUUGAAGAGUUAAAUUGUUUUACCUGACUCCGAAGCAGAAUUCUGUUGUAUUCCCCUGUGCUGCCUCAGGCAUUGUUUGUCCCUAUAGUAUUUAAUGAAUGUAUCUAUCUUAUUGUAGUAACUCCCACAUCCUUAUUACUUUAAUCCCACAUCUCAACAUCUCCAGGGGCUCCAAUUAACACAUGGAUUAUUAAUUAGAUUUACAUUCACAUAAUGAGAGGGAUUUUCUAAUGUAAUGCUUUUACUGUUUUAUUUCUGUCCACAUUAUAAUAAUUAUUUGCAUAUAACUACUGCAUUCUAAACAAAUAAAAGGAGUAGCAAAUCAUGGGCACACACCAGAGCACGCAGGCUUUGCUUUGGUUUUUAUAUAAACAUAGCAGUUGUUUUAUAACUGGCUCACUUUUAAUUAUAAGCAUUGGUAAAUUUCAUCCUACUUAAUCAUCUAAACUAAAACUUUGUAAUUCUGUAUUUGAUAUGUAAACAUUAAAGAAAUAUUCCACUCUUAGAGCUCUUCAGAUUGCAGAAUUGCUAUAUGGCUUUGGAGUAUUCCUUUAAAAGUCCAUAUUAUAAAUGUGCUAAUUUCAUUGUAAAAUUAGCACUUUUAUAAUUAAAAAUAAAAACAUGUGAAAUAGAAAUUCACUUCUCUGAGCCAAUGGAAGUAGCAGGUGCAUUCUAAUAGAGUGCACUUGCCUACCAAAAUAGCCCCCAAAGAAUUCUGGUUCUUCCCAUCCUUGGUAAUUCUUUUUUUUCCUUGCAAAUCCCACAUAUAUGUGCAUUCCAUUUGUCAAAAUUCUUAAAAAUAAAAUGUUUAAAGAGAAAAAGCAUAUGAGAGUGCUUACUACAAAAUAUUCUCGCAUUUACAAAAACUGUGAGCACAGUGACUUGUAGGGUUGUGCACAGAUUCUUCUAUAAGAAGUCUCUGUUUGGACAGUUCUCCAAGAAGAGACUGAAAGUCACUUCCGAAAAAAAAGUUAAGGGCUUACAAAGGCUGCAGUCAUAAGAACUUCAGCUUUUGCAAGAUGUUUUAGACUAUACCCCUAAAGAAUACAUGCAUUUAUUCAAAUAUUUUAUCAUUAUGAAAUAUUCUGAAAUAAUUCUCAUUACUUUCAUUUUUUGCAUGUGUUUGUCUUCAUGUUUUGGUUUGUCGCACCAUCCUCUUUCUCUCCUUAUGAUGUGAUUUGUGACCCACCUGUGAACAUCUUCUCAGCUGGGUUGCUUAUGAGCAGUCCAACUUCCGUGGCGAGAUGUUUAUCUUGGAGAAGGGCGAGUAUCCUCGUUGGGAUACCUGGUCUAGCAGCUAUAGGAGCGACUGCUUCAUGUCCCUACGCCCCAUCCGAAUGGUGAGACCUAGAACUUCUAUUCUUCUAAUAUUCUGAUAUGGAAAGCAGAUCAUUAUUGAUUGAUAAGUCCUAACACCACAAUACCCUUGCAAUUAAGUAAGAAUACUAUAUUGAUGGCUCUUAUUACAUACCACAGUGGAUGGUUAGUGAUGCAUUUAAUCCAUGCAUCUCUACGGGAAACUUUAGCAACGUUCAGAGUCAAAAGUUGUUUGGGAAUGUGACGGCAGAUAAUAACCAUUCAGCCCAUCUAGUCUGCUCAAUUUUCUAAAUACUUUCAUUAGUCCCUGGCCUUAUCUUAAAGCUAGGGUAGCCUUAUGCCAAUCCCAUGCAUGCUUUAACUCCCUCACUAUAUUAACCUCUACCACUUCAGCUAGAAGGCUCCACUACCCUCUCAGUAAAGUAAUACUUCCUGAUAAUAUUUCUUUAUUAUAAAGGACAGCAAUCCUGCACCAAAACCACUACAUUAAAAUGUAGGGGCGUUGCCUCUAAGAGUUUCCUUUUAAGUCACUAAGAUUGCUUAAAUUAGGAAAACCAAACUAUAUUCCUAACAUUAAAGUGUCCCUCUGCCUCCAUAGCCCCCCAGCCAUGAAAGAGUUAAAUAACCAUGUAGACACUUACCUUUGUUGAGCUCCUCCGACAUCAGCCGAUGUGGGAACCUAAUGCGCAUGCGCCGUGAGUGACACAUGCGCAUUAGGCAUACCCCAUAUGAUUGCAGUGACUCAAUGCUUUCCUAUCGGGUUUUGAAAGGUGCUAUAUUGCAGGGUUAAGGGGUCAGGAACAGUGUACCCAGACUACUUCAAUAAGAUUAAAUGGUCUGGGAGCCUGUAGAGUUCCUUUAACACUAUCAUACUAACACUGUGUAUAAAGUUAAAUUUUAGCAUAAUCUGGAAUUUUUGUAGAGUAACAUACAACUUGCAGGUUUCUAAAAUUGCAGUGAAAGUAUUUCUUAACUUACCAAUGUUUUUACAAUGGCUUUAAAAGUAUUUAUGUUGUCUAAUUAGUUUGGCCUUCAAGCAUGCCGCAAGAACGGGACCUACUAAAUACUGCAGUACGUUAGCCUUGAAGUGAGAUACGAAAGUCAGGCAACGUCACUUUCCACUCUUAAAACUAUUUAUGUGUGGUUUUGCAUAAAUCUCUAUAUAAACAAUGGCUUAGAGAAGGAACACAGAGUAAAUCUUGCAUUAAAGCCAAGUUCAGGAAUUAAUCGCAUUGCAAUAUUUUAAGUGAUAGUUUUACAUGGUCAGAAGCUUUAUAAUGAUUUAUUAUUAUUCGAUAAUUUUUCUGUGGGUGUUCUUAACUUAGAAACUACGCAGCUCUCUCUUCUUUUAUUAACAAACAUCUGCAGAGUAGGAUAAAAUAGGGUGUAAUGGGAUCAGUUCAAUUUAGCAACAAAAAAGAGCAAUUUUAUUCUGGUAGUAUGUCAUUGACUGCUAUUGUUAUGCAGGGUUACGCUGGCUGAUAUCCCAACAUUUUAAAUCAUGUUGCCCAAUCCCUUGUGCUAGGACACUAAAGCUAUAUUUCAAAUCAACCUAGUGAAUAUCAUUUGUCCUUUUCCAGAAAAGGAGUUGAGACUUCUUGUAGUUUUAUUAUAAAACUAUUUUAUUGAAAAGUGUGUUUUAUUGCUAACUCCUUUCCGUGGUUAAAGAAGAAAAUUUGAUGCAAAAUGUAGUUAUCUCAAAUACGUUAAAAUUUUAACUUUGUGAAAAUAUAUGCAGACACUGAAGGGUGAUGAUAUUCACUGUGAGAAAAAAAUUUAAAAUAAUAACAAAGGUAGGGGAUAUAAUGUUUCAAUUUUAUAUUUAAUCUAAAUAUCAAAUUACCAUUAUGUUAUAAGAAACCUAAUAUUCAGGAAUUUGCAAGCAAGAAAGCUCCAUAUACUAAUAGUCAAAUGCGAGGAUAUUCUUAGAAGACUAAUCAUGUAUCCCUCAUUAUUCCUAUCAAAUAUCCCUUCUUAAUCUAUUACUGUUGUCUGGCCUCCUCAGGAUAGCCAAGAACAUAAAAUCACCCUGUUUGAAUCCGCCGACUUCAAGGGCAACAAGAUGGAAAUCAUUGAGGAUGACGUGCCCAGUCUGUGGGCCUAUGGAUUCUGUGACCGUGUGGGAAGCGUAAGAGUCCCCAGUGGAACGUACGUAAUUUGUACCUAGCUUGUUUCCGCUUUCCAAGUGUUUCACAACUGCCUUCUUUAGGGCUAGACAAGCUCAACUAAGUGUUGACAUCUGUAUUCAGAAACAUAACUUACAAUAUUGUAUUAUUCACAACAAAUGUAAUAAUAUAAUACAUUAAUGUAACAUUUUGUCUUUUACUAACACAUUUCUGGGUGAUUUUGCUAACAAAAUGCAUAGAAUACAUUUGUAGACCUGCCUGAAGCUGAUCCUUCACAUAUUAUUCAAAUGGAAAUUCCACUUUAAGCAACUUAAUAAUGGCAUUUGAGUGGUAGAAAAUGUAUUUGUCCAGCCUCUUAUCAAGUAAUUCAGGGUCAUACUGAAAAUAUUAAGGACUCCAGUCCUCCCAUUAAUUACUCAGAAAUGUUGCAUUAAAAUUCCAGAACCUUAGACUGUUGGGUCAAAGUGCACUACAGCAGAAUUCCUUACCCGGCUUGAUGGCAGCUAUGUUUAAAAUAUAAAAUCUGUAACAUCUGUAAUAUCAAACAAAUAAGCUUAUACAUCAUAAAAUUAAAACAGAGCUGAACUGGUACUAACAUAUAGGAAGAUACUGUUAACAAAAAUAUUGUCAGGUGUCUUGUGUUAACUUUACACAGGCAUACCCUAUAACAUAUAUAUAUUAUCACUCUUCUCUACAGAUGGGUUGGAUAUCAGUACCCUGGAUACAGAGGAUAUCAAUAUCUAUUUGAAAAUUGUGAUUACAAACACUGGAAUGAAUGGAGUGCCUUCCAACCACAGAUCCAGUCCAUCCGUCGUAUUAGAGACAAGCAAUGGCAUCAGAAGGGAUGCUUCCUUAUCCCUACCACUGCAAGCACAAUGUGAACACAUACAGAAUGACCCCAGUUUGACAGAGAUCUAUCAGGAAUCCAUGUUACAAAUUGACCUCACCCUAUUUUUUAAUCUACUCUGUCAAAUAUUGUACAUUGCUCAUUUACUGGAUGUUCUUUACGUUAUGAUGCAAAUAAAAACAAUUUCUGAGGUAAAAAAAU